UACAUUGUACGUCAGGGUUCCCACAGUCAGGGAAAAGUCAGUGAAAUUCGAUUUUUUUUCAAGGUCAGGGAAUUGUCAGGGAAUUAUGAUUUAAGUCAGGGAAAUUUGAUAAUUCUCAAAAAGUCAGGGAAAAGUCAGGGAAUAAUUCUUAUUUUUCAAAAAUCAUUAUUAUGAAUUGUGUUGGCGAUAAUCAAGCAACCUCACUGUUAAUUAAAAGUUUCAAAAAUCGCAAUACAUCAGUAUAAACGAAUUAUCCUAUGUGGUUUUCCUGUGGAGGAAAAUGAAGUGGAGGACUGGGUCUGAAUUAUGUCGGCCAUCUUGUUGCAGUAUUGGAAAGCACGUGGAGAUGAGUAAGCGAACUGUAUUUAAUAAUCUAUGGCUUCAAGACCCACUAUUUCCUUGGGUUGCACAAGCUCAGGAAUCAACUAAAGCAAGGUGUAAAAUGUGCUCUGUUACAUUUGAGCUUGGAAAUAUGGGAAAACAAGCACUGAUAAGUCAUGCUAAAGGCAAAAAACAUCUUAGGAGAGUUGCUCCAUCGACACAACAAGUUUCUUUGAACUCUUUUGUCACUGUGCAAAAGCAAGAAUCCGAACAAAAUUCUUCAGCAGCAGAAAGGACAAUGACUGUACCACCUCCUCCCGUCGAUCUUUCUCAAGUUGCCAGUUCAUCUGAUUCAUCUAAAGGCACAAUUAAAAAGUAUGUUACCAAAGAUGAAACUCUAAAAGCAGAGGUGCUGUGGGCUAUAAAAGUCCUCAUGUCUCACUAUUCCUGUAAUAGUAGUGCAGGCACUGACAAGCUAUUUUCCAAUAUGUUUCCAGACAGUGUAAUUGCCAAACAGUUCCAAUGUGGAGCAACAAAGUGUUCAUACUUGAUUUGUUUUGGCAUUGCCCCAUUUUUUCAUGAUGAAUUAAUGAAAAGACUUCAAGAGCAAGGAACAAUGUAUGUUAUCUCAUUUGAUGAAUCGCUGAAUAAAGUGAUCCAGAAAGAACAGAUGGAUUUGAUUGUGCGCUUUUGGGAUGUUCAGAAGAAUAAAGUUGUAUCAAGAUACAUUGAUUCCCAGUUUCUUGGUCACACAAGAGCUGCAGAUUUACUUCAAAGUUUCAAGCUAGGUCUACAAAAGCUGAAUCCUGCAAACCUUGUGCAGGUAUCGAUGGAUGGUCCUAAUGUUAACUGGAAAUUUCUUGAAGACCUAUUAGAAGAUAGAGAACAAACUGAUCCAGAUCUUCCAAAGCUCAUUAAUAUUGGUGCCUGUGGGUUACAUGUGGUACAUGGGGCUUUUAAAUAUGGAGCUACAGCCACAGGCUGGCGUCUUGAUAAACUUCUGAGGUCUCUCUGGUACACUUUUUCAGACUCACCAGCAAAAAGAGAAGAUUAUGAAGCCAUUUCUGGAAGUUCCAUGUGGCCACUACGAUUUUGUGGAACAAGGUGGCUGGAAGAUUUGCCAGUGGCAGAACGAGCAGUGGCUAUCUGGCCAAAUAUCAAGAAAUAUGUUGACGAGGUGUCAAAGCUACCAAAGAGCAAAAUUCCUACAAGCCAAUCUUUCAAAAAUCUACAGGCAUUUGUACAAGAUCCACUCAUUGUUGCCAAACAAAGCACUUGAUGUCUUCCUAGCAGAGUACUUUCACCAGAAACCACAGUAUGCAGACCUUUGGCAAACAGUAAAGAUGCUGCUUAUCUUGUCCCAUGGUCAAUCCUGUGUUGAAAGAGGAUUCUCUGAUAACAAGGAUAUCGUGAGCAACAAUAUGCACCAAGACACGCUUGUUGGAUUUCGCAGAGCUCACAGUGGUGUCAAAAGUCUGGAAUGUCCAAUUGAAGAUUCUAUCACAACUGAGCUGCUUACAUCUUGUAAAUAUGCUAGUAACAGAUACAGACAAUCUUUAGCAGAGAAGAAAUCAAUUGAGGCAAAAACCCAUAAAGAAAGCUUGAAAAGAAAAGUCGAAGAAGACAUCAAGCAAGCAAAAAAGAAAAAACAAAAGCUUGAAACUACAGCUACUGCUCUUCUGAAAGAAGCCGAUGACCUUGCUACUAAUGCAGAAAUGAAGGGAGACUUUAGCAUUCUUGCAAAGUCGAACGCCUUGCGGGUAAAAUCAAAAGAAAAGAGGAAGGAAAUAGAGAAGGAAGAACAAAAUAUUGAUCUUCUACAGAAGAAGCUGAAAUCCUUUUGAAAAGACGUUAAGUCAAAAUCUCACAAUCUUGAGACACUAUUGCUUUGUUGCUGUUAUUGAAAUUAUAGAUUAUUCAUUAAAAGUAUUCAUAAGA